AUGUCCUUACUGAAGACAAACACGCAGACACAUAAGAGACAAAAGGCCAGAGAAUUCGCAUUUGCAAACAUAAUCCAUGCAGACAUAGCCAGUUACUUUCCCAAAUUACCGUCUGAAACAACUUCAUUAGUGAUGACAUCAAGUGAACAAAAUUUAGCAGAGUCAGAUGACAGACAACAUUUCAAUGUGGACCAAGUUCUGGAGGAGGUUGUGAGCCCAAUAGGUUUGUGGCAAUGGUUUGUCGUGUUGUAUUUGAUGCUCACAACUCCAACACCACCGACAUUCCCUGUGUUCGCAAACUCAUCUCCACCGCAUCGAUGCGCAAUGGAACCCAGAGUGGAGAAAUUCAUUGAGAACAAUUCACUUCCCUUCAACCUGGUUGUCUCACACUUGGGCCCGGUCAACAGCGGUGAAGCUGGAGGGAAUAAGGCGUCGCGGUCCGGCAAUGGAUGCAAACGUUUCUGCCUUGACUGGGAAAAUGUCAAUCUGACCGAGGUGUUUUUCGGUGGCGAACUACAGAGGAAUUACACGGAACUUUGUCCUUUCGGAUAUGUGUAUGAAGAAAGUACCUUAUACUAUCCGGGGAGUGUGGUGAAGGAAUUCGAGACGGUGUGCGAGCGUUCCUGGUUGGUUCCGAUCGGCACAUCCGUCUAUAUGUUCGGUAUGUUAGUGGGAUUUUUUGUCGGUGGCUGGUUUGGAGAUUAUUUCGGUCGCCGGAAAGCGCUUUGGCUCUUUUCCUGUUUGGAAUUCGGGGCGAGUAUCGGAGUCUCAUUGUCACCCAACUUCCCCGCGUACGUUGUCCUACGGGCACUUGUUGCCAUUGGAAACACAGUGAAAAUGUGCGUCGGCAAUGUGCUCGCAAUGGAAAUCACAACCGCCAAAUACCGAUCUUUGCUUGGGGCCAUAUUGGCUUUAGGUCUGGAUUUCAUAUUCCGUGCUUUGAUGGCUCUCUACGCGUAUUUGCUACCAAACUGGAGGUGGUUGAACCUAAUGUUGAUGGCAACCAGCUUUUUCGGAUUAUUCUACAUAUUCUUGCUGCCGGAAUCUCCCAGGUGGCUCAUCGCUCAAGGAGAGUAUCAAAUGGCAGUGAGGCAACUCCACGCAGCUUGUGUAUUCAAUCAUCGUAAGAACCGUGCCGCCCGAGUAAUCUAUCUAGAACAGUUGUCAGCAAAGGCGAAGAUUUGGGAGAAGGAAUUUCGGAAGGCAAAGGAACUUUCGAAACUCGGUGUUCAGCCAAACAAGCGGAAUAUAUUCCGCCCUCAUAAAGAUAUGAUCGUGACCACCAUCCUAGUUACUUUCGUUGUCUUCUGUAUCACAAUGUGUUUUUUCGGAAUAAUGCUUUACACAAACAGCCUGGUGGGAUCUAUCUACCUGCUGGGGUUCAUCAGUUCCCUGACUGGCAUACCGUCUACUCUGUGUGCCCUUGUUGUCUAUAGAAUUUUCCAACGGCGCAAGCGGCCCCUAAUGGUUGUAUUGUCCAUCUCAGCUGCUUUCUUGGCAUUGAGUGCUUUGGACAAGGUUAUCAUCACACAUAUCGAGGAUCUGGUCUUGACAACUUGCGCGAAUUUCGCCCUCGUAUUUGUCACAGUCGGUAUCUGUAUGAUCUACGUGUAUGUGCCCGAGUUGUAUCCGUCAUCUAUACGCACUGGAGCGUUCGGGGUGGUAUUUGGUCUGGCUCGGUUCGGAAGCAUGCUGUGUCCCUAUGUGAAUGACCUUGAACGCUACGCAACACACGGAACACCACUGUUGGUGUACGCCGGAGCCCUGGCAGUCGCGGUAGUUAUAAUCACAUUUUUGCCGGAUACAGAUGGGCUGAACUUGGCAGACUUUCUUACCGUGCCUCCGGAAGUGACUGUUCAUCAUAGUACGUCAGCUUCUGUGUAG